UCCUUAAAUAACUUCCUCUUUUCCUCUCAACACAAAACCAAACCAAAAGACACACUAGUGUCCAAGAACAGCAAUCAAUCAUGUCCUGUCUCCCCACUUCUUCUCUUGUCUUUUUCUCCCUAUUCUUCUUCUCCAACCAUCUUUCUUGGGCUUCAACUAAAAAAGAACUUGGGUGGUGUGAGGCUAUGUUUGAGUGUGGGAACAUCACCGCUGGUUUCCCCUUCUCCGGUGGGAGUCGUCCCCAUUAUUGCGGUCAUCCAUCACUGGAGCUUCAAUGCUUUAACAACAAGACAUCUAUAAUAAUCUCUGAUCAUCUAUACGAUGUUCUCCAUAUAGAUCAGACAUCUAAGACUCUUAGACUUGUUAGAGCAGAGCUUGGAGGUUAUUUUUGCACCGCUACAUUCACAACCACAACUUUUCCUCCCGAAAUCUUUGAGCUUUCAACAACCUCUCAGAGCCUAACAGUUUUCUACCUCUGCGACCAUAACUUUAGUUACAGCUCGAGCUAUACAUGUCCUGAUAGAGGUCCUGUCUCAGUGUCUCAAAACCUUGAUUACCACAAAUACUGCCAAGACAGUUUCACAAUUAAUGUUCCCAAGAGCUACGUACCAGAAGAGAAAGAUUUAGAUUUGAAACGUUUAGAAAAUGCUUUGCAUGAAGGGUUUGAUGUGAAAGUGAAGAUUGAUGAACAAACAUGUGAAGAAUGUUUGUUCUCUCAAGGAAUCUGCGGCUUCAAUAAUACCACACAGAUCUGCUGCAAGAAUGACUCAUCAUCAAGAUGCAAUACACUCCAUAUACCUCGUAUAGAUGAACUUCACCAACGCUGCAGUGGCCCCUUUAGCUGUGGCAACAAGGAAGAACUCUUAUUUUACCCGUUCUGGAGAUCUGGCAGAGAAAACUGCGGCCACCCAGACUUCAAACUCGACUGCAGUGGAGAAUUCCCAGAGCUGGACAUGUCCUCUGUUAAGUACAGAAUCUUAAGUAUGAGCUAUGAGGACUCUCCUGUCAUUAGACUUGCCAGAUCGGAUUAUAUAGGCAAUCUUUGUCCACCAGAUCCACGAAAUGCAUCACUCAGUGAAAGUAUUCUUCAACUCGUACGUGACACCGAUCUGCUAACUUUAUAUUAUGAUUGCAACGUUUUACCGCCUGCUUCUGCAGGCAGUUACAUUGGAACUUUUGGUUGUGGGUAUGAAGGCCAUAGAACAAGUUACUAUGUGACGAGAAACCUAUCGUCCCCUUUAUUGAAAGGGAUUAGUGACCUUUUGGAUAACUUCACGACACUUUGCAGAAGAAAUGUCAGUAUUCCAGUUUCUAGACAGGCGUUGAACAAAUUAGAGGAGAGUCCAAGUCAAGAUAACUUAAAGAACGCUCUUGAUCACGGUUUCGAGCUUGGAGUUAACAAUGAUUGUUCACAGUGCAUUGAAUCUAGAGGUGCUUGUGGGUAUAGCCAGAACUCAAGAAGUUUCAUCUGCUAUUGUGUAGAUAAGCCGCAUAGCCGUACCUGCAGAGAUACAGGCCUCUCUACUGCCGCAAAAGCAGGAAUCGGGUCUGCUGUGGGGUUGGUGGGGGUCAUUCUUAUAGCCAUGGGUCUGUUCUGUCUCUACAGACGGAGAAGGAAGACUCAGUCAGAUCAAUACACAAGCAAAGACUUGCCAGUAACGUCUUACUCAAGCAGAGAAACAUCAAGCUAUCCAACUUCCACAACAAUCUCCAGCAGCAGCAACCACUCCCUUCUCCCCUCAAUCUCUAACCUCCGAAACGGAAGCACUUACUUCGGAGUUCAAGUCUUCAGCUACGAAGAACUCGAGGAAGCCACCCAUAAUUUCUCUAGAGAGCUCGGCGACGGCGGCUUCGGCACCGUCUACUACGGCAUGUUGAAAGACGGACGAGCCGUAGCAGUGAAACGACUAUACGAACGAUCUCUAAAACGCGUCGAACAGUUCAAGAACGAGAUCGAGAUCUUGAAAUCGCUGAAGCACAGAAACCUCGUGAUACUCUACGGAUGCACGUCGCGACACAGCAGAGAGCUUCUCCUCGUCUACGAGUACAUCUCAAACGGAACUCUCGCAGAUCAUCUCCACGGUGAUCGCGCUCAACCUCGUCCUCUUUGCUGGCCGGUUCGUCUAAACGUCGCCAUCGAAACCGCGAGCGCACUUUCCUUCCUCCACAAGUCAGGGAUCAUUCACAGAGACGUCAAGACAACGAACAUUCUUCUCGACGACGAGUACACGGUGAAGGUAGCCGACUUCGGCCUCUCGAGGCUAUUUCCGAUGGACCAAACUCACAUCUCCACCGCGCCGCAAGGCACUCCGGGGUACGUAGACCCGGAGUACUACCAAUGCUACCGUCUAAACGAGAAGAGCGACGUCUACAGCUUCGGAGUCGUACUCACGGAGCUCAUCUCAUCCAAAGAAGCAGUCGACAUCACCAGACAUCGCCACGACAUCAACUUAGCGAACAUGGCCGUGUCCAAGAUCCAGAACAACGCGUUGCACGAGCUCGUUGACCCGAGUCUGGGGUUCGCGAAGGAUCCGGAGGUGAAGAGGAAGAUGAUGGCGGUGGCUGAGCUUGCGUUCAGGUGUUUGCAGCAGGAGAGGGAAGUGAGGCCGUCGAUGGAUGAGAUCGUGGAGAUUUUGAAAGGGAUCAAGGGGGAGAAUCGGGUGGAGUCGUCACCGGAUGUGGUGGAUAUUGAGCGGAGCGGAGGAGAUGACGUUGGACUGCUGAGGCAUUGUCAUAGUGUUCCGCCGCCGAUCUCGCCGGAGACUGAUAAGUGGACGAGUAGCUCGGAUACGGCCGCGAGUUCAUUUUGAGAGACUUAUUAUUUAAUUAGGGUCGUUCAUCGGUAAUGAUAUAUAACUUCUUUUUAUCUGUUUUUCUUUUAGUUUUUUUUGGGCUCUGUAGUAAUCAAAUGAAGCUAUCAGUUUUUU